CAAAUUUAACGGAUUUUUUCCCAUUGUAAAUUUUACCAAAGACCAACAACGAUCGACAAAUUAAAGAAAGAGAAAUAGCUACAAAAUGGGCUUACUGCUAUCAAAGUUAGCAUCUGCUUUAAACGAGUUCGGUAAUCAAAGAGCAAGAAUAUUAUUGCUAGGUUUAGAUGCUGCGGGCAAGACAACGAUUCUAUAUAAGUUAAAGCUAAACGAAAAUGUCACUACAAUUCCCACCAUUGGUUUUAACGUGGAAGAAGUAAAAAUGAAAAAUGUCACAUUCACCAUGUGGGAUGUAGGGGGACAAGAAAAAAUCAGACCGCUUUGGAGACAUUACUAUGACGGAUCUGAAGGAUUGCUGUUCGUAGUUGAUGCGUCUGAUAUAUCAAGGAUUCACGAGGCACAUGACGAGUUGAUGUCAAUUUUGAGAGACGAGGGAAUGGAACAAGGUGUACCAGCAGUGAUUCUGGCUAACAAGCAAGACCUCCCAAAUGCAUUAAAAUCAUGGGAACUCGUGGAAAAGAUGGGUUUGAGAGAGUUACGAUCAAAUCCAUGGCACGUACAAGAAAUGUGUGCAAUAACUGGGGAUGGUCUCUACGAAGGAGUGCAUAAACUUUCAGAUAUGGUGAAACAAUUUCAAAAAAGUAAAAAAGGAAAAUGGUAAAAAGGGUACUGGUGAAAAUGUAAUCUUGGAAUGUUUUGUAGUGUUCGAAACAUAUAUAUUAAUUGUUGUUUAUGUGUAGUAUAGAGUGAACUUAAGCUAACAUAUUCUAUUGUGAAAUUUAUUUUGUAGCAUAAUGCACAUCAAUUGAGGACAGUCUAUAUUUUCAGCUAAGCCACAAAAUUUGAAAUUAUGUAUUAUUAAUUUCUUUUAAAAUUUGUAAUAGAAAGGUAAAGGUUAAAAAAUUGGAAUUACACCCUUUUCUUAUAAGAAUUGGAAUUACACCCUUUUCUUAUAAGAAUUCUUUUUAUCAAAACUCGAUUUUAAGAAUACUAAAAAGGGCAAGAGUUUUUUUACGCUAUAGCAGGAAAUGCAGCUAAACAGAAAUACAAGAAUAAAUCCGGGCCUUGAUCACCAGACACACCAUUUUUUGUUUAUUUUUGAAACUUGACUAAGCUGAAAUUUUUAUUGUUACAUUUCUUGAUGACGCAGAAGUAAUAUUAUCGUAGCGCACCAAUAAGGUUAACACAAUUUUUAACAGUUUCGAUUUUUUACGAAUAACGUUAUAAAAAAAAAGCAUUAUUCUUACUAAAAAAGGAUGUAUUAUUCUUUUAUAUAUGUAUAUAAAAAACAUUUUUCGCUUGUAAGAAUAUAAUAAUUUAUCUGUUUUUUAUAAGAGCAAUUUGCAACCCAUUUGUGUAUAUAGCCUAGAUUAAAACAAAUUCAAUUAAAGUCUUGUGAAUAUUAUAUCCUGCGA